UACACUUCAGUCGCGUUGGUGGCUGUAUGCGAUUUGACGUAUUCCGCGCGCGGGGAUGACACUUGUCAGCUUAAUUUAUGAAAUGUCAAACGUUUUACAUGUAAUGCGCGAGUGAACGGUAAACAAAUUAAAGAGUGUAAUUGAUAUUUAUGCAGUGAUUUUUUUAAGGGUGAAAUGGACUGUUAUUACUCGAAAUUUUAUCCAAGGCGUAAGUGACAGAUGGAAAAUUUACUGCGGUGAUCGUUACGCUCAUGAUGCAUCCGGCUGGGUACUACGCGAAUCUCGCGAGCGGCGCGCUCGCAGCCGGCACCAUUGCGUCUCCGUGGAGCACGGCGGCCGGCGCGCCCGACACCAACGGAUCGGGCGGCGCUGACGCCAAGCACCUCGAUGUCGGCGAAGCCAGCGAUGAUGAAAAGGAUUUAUCGGCGGCGGACGCGGAGGGAGUUUGGUCUCCUGACAUCGAACAGAGCUUCCAGGAGGCACUCGCGAUAUACCCUCCGUGCGGCAGGCGGAAGAUCAUCCUCUCAGAUGAGGGCAAGAUGUACGGACGAAAUGAACUUAUAGCAAGAUAUAUAAAACUUAGGACGGGGAAGACGCGCACAAGGAAACAGGUCUCAUCACACAUACAGGUGCUAGCUAGGCGGAAACUCCGCGAAAUUCAGGCCAAACUCAAAGUGGACGGUGGUGUAAUGAAAGAGAAGGCGAUGCAGUCUAUGAGCACGCUGUCUAGCGCACAGAUAGUGGCGGGAUUGCCGCACCCGGCGUACCAUCACACGCAAUUUUGGCAGCCGGGCCUACAAGCGGGGACAUCACAAGAUGUGAAGCCGUUCCCCAGCGCGGGCUACAAGGGCGUCCCCGGCGUGGGCGGCGUGGGCGUGCCGGGCGGCGCGGACGUGGCGCCGCCGCCGCCGUGGGAGGGCCGCGCCAUCGCCACGCACAAGCUGCGCCUCGUCGAGUUCUCGGCCUUCGUGGAGCACCCGCGGGACCCCGACACGUACCCGCCCAGCGCGACGCCGGCGCAGCACCUGUUCGUGCACAUCGGCGGCUCCGUCACGUACGCCGACCCGCUGCUAGAGUCAGUCGAUGUACAGCAGAUAAACGACAAGUUCCCGGAGAAGAAAGGCGGUUUAAAAGAACUCUAUGAGAAGGGACCUCGAAACGCGUUCUUCUUAGUGAAGUUUUGGGCAGACCUUAAUACUAAUAAUUUAGACGACCCGGGGGCCUUCUAUGGAGUUACGAGUGUUUACGAGAGCAACGAGAACAUGACAAUAACGUGCAGCACGAAGGUUUGCUCGUUCGGGAAGCAGGUUGUGGAGAAGGUGGAGACGGAGUACGCUCGCUUCGAGGGGGGGCGCUUCGUGUACCGCAUACAGAGGUCGCCCAUGUGCGAGUACAUGGUCAACUUCAUACACAAGCUGAAGCACCUCCCUGAGAAGUACAUGAUGAACAGCGUGCUGGAGAACUUCACCAUCUUACAGGUGGUGUCGAACCGAGACACCCAGGAGACGCUGCUGUGCGCCGCCUUCGUGUUCGAGGUGUCCAACAGCGAGCACGGCGCGCAGCACCACAUCUACCGCCUCGUCAAAGACUGAACCAGGAGCGCCCAGCCGUCAGCCAGGGGAACCGCGACCCGACGCGCUGAUCCUUUCCUCUUUGAGUUUCCUAAAAGUAUAUUAGUCCGUGACGUCACGCGCGUCCGAAUACACAGUCUGUAAUACAUUUGAUUUUCUGAGUACUUCUAACUUUUCGACCUGAUUUUUAAUCUGUUGCCUUGUCACUCUGCGUGACACAGUACGUGAGUACAGUCGUAGUUUCUGUCGAGCGGUUCUGUCCGUCGGGUUGUGUGGGCCUCGCGUACGGAACGUCAGUACCGACUCGUAGGUCUUUGCAAUAUGAGGAGUGUCAAUGUCGACGGACCAUCGGACGAUGUUAUUAAGUUAAAGGAAUCGUUAUACAUAAUAUAGUGAUGCGAAUCAGCAAAAAUGUGAUCUGAAAAUUACGCUACAAGUAUUUUUGUAAAUGAAAAUUUAUGUAUAGCUCAAUUUUUAAUAUCUAUCAUAGAGUUCUAAUACUUUAUACCCGGAGUCUGAGGGAGAUUAUCGUUUUAAAUUUUAACUCUAUAUUUAUAUAUUUUUUUAACAUUUUCGGUUGUAAAAUGUUUUUUCGUCCAAUACUUUCACGGAAUAUCAGUAUCUAUUACCUAAAAGCGUGUAAAAAUAACAUUAUAAGAAAAAAAAUAUAGAUUUGAAUACACACAGUGCCUCUAUAAUUAUGUUACAUUAACAUAAAUGAGCAUAUUUGGUUCUUUCAUUGUGAAAUUGAAUCUAAAUGUAUUAAGGAUCGGACACACCUCCGUGACCGAGUAAAGCGAGUGCGAAAUCAAUCAGACAAGUGUUACGAUUCAAGUUUCAGUCGGUAGUGAAGCUCUGCAGGUCUCUUUUGGUAGAUAAAAAUCCGAGUGAGCCAGUGUAUAUUGUACUCGCACAAAAUAUUUUCACCUGCAGUUGGACGUUAAAAGUAUAGAAGAUCGUUUAUACUUCUUAUUGUAAUAAGGUAAAUUAUAUUUAUCAAAACAUGGUCCAUUUCUUGUUUUCCUUUUCAUAAUAAUUUAAAAAAAAAACUACUUAAAGCUAAUCUCUGCUGUUUCCAUUAUGCAAUUUCACUUUUGGAAUACUAAUUCCUUAACGCCUAUCAAUGUUGCUGUUAUUAUGUCCACUACUAUCAAAACCAUGGUCACUGCCAGACAAUGAACUAAAUUAAGUAUUACAAAAGCUCACGUUCGCUUGGCUCGCAUUCGCUUCGCUCGGUGACUCGGGUGUAUACGAUCCCUAAAUGUAGGGUACUAAUAAUGAAAGGACCAAAGUCUUAGUGUAGGAUACAGUGAAUACUUCGUUAUAAGAUAUAGAAUUGUUAAGAAGUCUAGUGAAGUUUUUUUUUUUCUGAGUACAUUUUGUACAUUUGCUUUUUAUCGUAAAUUCGUUCGAAAACGUUGCUUGUAAUAUUAUUAUUUUAAAACGUUAUUAUCGUUUUGUCUUAUUCUAUUGUACAUAUGUUCUAAUAGCAGCUACGAUUAGUUUAUAUUUUAGUGAGUAAACUGAAAAUAUAAGAUAUACACAAGCAGCGUUUUCGUUUAUUUUAUUUUUGAAUGUGGCAACUUUUAAUUAAUUCUCUCUUAGAGUAUUUAUUUGCCCUUUGCUCGUACGCUUGUACGUAUAUUUUUGUUCUUACGUCACAGACAUCUUUGCCACAAAUAAAGGCGGCGCUUCACAUGGCGUUGCGUGUUUGUGUCGUGACAUCGCUCUGCUUGGCCAAAUAUUUAAAGAAUUCACAAAUAUUUUAAAGAAGCCAUCCACACGAUAUGGUCGGAACUCCUAAAUAACUUUCUCUAUUUGGUGGACCAAUAAUAACGUCAAAUGCAAAUAUUUGUCGAAAAGCAUAUAUAAAGAUCCUCUACACAUUGCCGUGUCCGGGCAAUGUUUGCAAGAACGGACAGGCACGCGUGUAGCGCCGCCACAAAAUGUACAUAAGUACUCAUGUGUUUGUUAUUGUAAAAUUGUAUCAUAGUGACGUGAUUGUUGAUUUAUCGAUAUGAAUCAAACAAACCUGUACAGCUAUAAUAGGUAGCGUUAAAGAUAUGCCCUUGAUAUUUUGGAUUGUAUUUACGAUCUCGACUCAACUUUACAUUAAGAUUUAUGAAAACAUUUUUUUUAUUUAAUACCCUUUGCAAAUUUUUUAACACGUAUUUUUACGAUAUAUUUACAAAGCGUCGCCUUUUAUUUACACUUUAAUCUUGGCAGCUCGCUCUUGCUUGAAAUUAUUUAGUUAUUUUUAUUCUUCUUUAUUAUUCGACAUCAUUACUCCUUUGUUUACUCACUUACUCUGAAUAUUAUUUUCGUUUAAUCGAUUUUUAUAAUCAAUUUGUUUUGUAGCAGUAAUCAUUCGAAGCUAAAAAUUAAAAAAUAUUUUAUUAUUAAACUUUUUAAUGAAACCUCAAUUGAAAAUUAACAUGGACUAACACAAAAACUCCAAAAUUAAUUAUUACAUAUGAAUUAAAUUGAUUAUUUAAAUCGAUAAUGUAAGAUGACUUUACACGAUCGAUGAAUAAUUGGUUAAUUAGUCUUAUCAUUGAGAUAAGUUAUUUUUGAUUCCAUUUCAAGAAAGUACCCUUUGUAAUUAAAUAGAGUAUUGUAAUUAAAUUGUCGUGAUUAGUUUUACAGUAGUAGCACGUUUAUGUCUCCCUGCUGGGCAUAGGUCCGCUCUUCUUCUAAGGAGAAGAUUUUGCGGGUUGGUGAUGAAACUGCCACCACUGAGAGAUAAUAUCAUAAAAUCAUUCUUAUAUGUUAAAGGGUUAUUUCUAAUGCGGUGAACGGUUCUUGAACACUAAUGUAAUUACUAUUACAAAAAUUGUAAAACAGAUUUUAAAAAUUAAUAAAGCAACCGUCACACGUGACACGUUUUGCUUGAUCGUUUCUUAAUAAAUUAUAAUUAAAAAAAAAAGUGAUCAAAAAUACUCCUUCGACUACAAAUUAAAUAUAGUAUAAUAUAUUUUUGACACCAUCUCGCUUCGUGUAAAGUCGUCUUCACAACAUAAAGCCGUUUUUAUCGUUCAAAGUACAAAAGGCGACUUUCGUCCCCAACGGCCUGCCGAUGUAUACAUUAGUUUGCGUGGCAAUGAUUUGAUCUCUCUUUUAGUCAAAUAUUUUUAGGGUCCUCCCGAUUACGCACUCGAGCGCUCCCAACUCUAACAUCGAAAGGAUUCUUCAUAGAUGAAGCUACUCAAACAAUAGCAAACGCCAACGAAAUCGUAUCAAUACUCGAGGUCUCCGAGUCGCUCGACCAGUCGCGCGACCGAUCGGCCGACUCGUCGCGUCGUCUAUGAAGGGUUGAAUGUGCAUUAAAUAGCGUUUAGUUUCAAGACAUGCGGUAGGAAAAUAUUAUCUUAGUUAAUUUUAAGAGAUUUUUGUAUUUAUUUCAUAGAUUUAUAUUAGGUAAUUUGUAAAGUGAUUAGCUGUAAGCGUUUUAUUUUUUAAAUAUGGCGAUGGUCGUUCAAAAACGUAGGUGAAGUUGUCGAACACUUAGUACUUAAGAUGAACUUGACUUUUGUUGCUUCUGUGGCUUAUACUUUGUCUUCAGAGUCAAUCUCGGUGGGGACCGGCCGGCCCGAGGUGUGGCAGCGCCCUAAAAUAAUAACA